CCUUGUCUUGAAGAAAAAGCCACCCCCACCUCACCCCUCAACCCUCGCUGCCCUUCUCUCAUAUCUACUGCUGAAAUAGUGUACCGUGCAGAUACAUACGAAUUACAGUAUCUAUAUCCCGUAGCACAAAAUGUUCAGGAACCAGUAUGAUACGGACGUAACGACAUGGUCACCGGCGGGGCGGCUGUUCCAGGUGGAGUACGCCAUGGAGGCAGUGAAGCAGGGUUCGGCGGCGAUAGGUCUGAGAUCGAAGAGCCAUGUAGUUUUGGCUUGUGUGAAUAAGUCCAACUCCGAGCUCUCAUCCCAUCAGAAGAAAAUUUUUAAGGUUGACGAUCACAUCGGCGUCGCCAUUUCCGGCCUUACCGCUGAUGGACGUGUACUGUCACGCUAUAUGCGUAAUGAGUGUAUUAAUUACUUCUAUUCGUACGAGUCGCAGCUUCCCGUUGGUCGUCUCGUCGUUCAGCUCGCCGAUAAGGCCCAGGUUUGCACGCAACGCUCAUGGAAACGGCCUUAUGGCGUUGGCCUGUUGGUUGGUGGUUUAGACGAGUCUGGUGCUCACCUAUAUUACAACUGUCCAAGUGGUAAUUACUUCGAAUAUCAAGCUUUUGCAAUCGGAUCUCGGUCACAGGCUGCAAAAACAUACUUAGAGCGCAAGUUUGAAACUUUCAUGGAGUCUUCACGGGAAAAUUUGAUCAAGGAUGCACUCUUUGCCUUGAGGGAGACAUUACAAGGGGAGAAACUAACAAGCUCGACUUGCACAAUAGCUGUAGUAGGAGUUGGAGAGGCAUUCCAUAUGUUGGAUCAAGAAACUGUGCAGGCGCUAAUUAAUGAAUUCGAGAUAGCAGGUGAAGAGGCCCCUGCAGACGAGGCUGCUGCUCCAGAUCAAGCUGAUGAUUCGGAAUCCAGUGCUACUGCCGCUGAUAAGGUAACCCCCUCUGACCCAGAUGUCGCUCCAAUGGACAUGUGAUAAUGUCAUUUUCUUUGGAACCUUUCAUUGUUAAAGAAAUGAGUUUGUCAUGUUGAAUCCCGACUUCCUAUCGGAAGAUGCUAGCAAAACUGGAAUUGUGGGAUUUGGUUGGCAUCUUAGGAAUGUUGUUUUCUGGUCGAAUACUUUAUUUGUAUGUAAUGCUUCAUCUGUGCAACAAUUUGAGUGUACCUUUGUCGAACACGAUCAUGAACUUCCUAUAACGGUAUCGUUUUGGUUAUGAUAUUUGUGUGUAUCUUAUUAUGGUCGCAGUCGUGAUUGUAGUUCAAUUUGAUCA